ACGCAUGUUGGUUUUUACCCAACUUCUCUUCAAAUCUCGCCCUUUUCUUUCAUUGCCCUUUUUGGAUGAUUUUCUCUGUGCACUUAUACUUUUCCAACUCCUGAAGUCUCUAUUCUUUUUUCCCUCUCUCUCUCAAUCCCCAUAUUUCACUCUUCUCCUUUCAUUCUCUCUCUUCUAUCCAAACCCCAAUUCCCAUCUCUCUAGUCUCCUUUCAAAUGGCAGAUAACCCAGAAGAGGCUCCCAGUAAUGGGGCAAAAGCAGAGGAGGUAUUGAACAAUGGAGCAAAAACGGAAGAAGCACCCGAAGAUAGUAUUGAUUCGGCCAACUACCUUGAUCUUACAAGCUUUCAACUCCAUGACUUACAGGGAGUCGAACUCCCAUCGUCUCUUGUAGAGCUUGACUUGACUGCAAAUCGUUUAUCUUCACUGGAUCCCCGAAUUGGGCAGCUAAGGCAGCUGAAGAAGCUUUUUCUCAGGCAAAAUCUCUUCUCUGAUGAAGGGGUUGAGCCGCUUUGCCAUUGGACUGCAAUUUCUGGCCUCCUGGAACUUGUGCUUAGAGAUAACAAGCUUACCAAGAUACCAGAUGUGAGCAUUUUCAGAAAUCUUCUUGUAUUUGAUGCAUCAUUCAAUGAGAUCUCGUCCUUGGAGGGUGUAUCCAAAGUUUCAAGCAUGCUUCAAGAGCUCUAUGUUUCCAAGAAUGAAGUGACCAAGAUGGUGGAGCUUGAUCACUUACAUGAACUAAGAAUUCUUGAAUUGGGUUCAAACAGAUUGCGGGUCAUGGAGAACUUGCAGAAUUUGACAAACUUGCAAGAACUCUGGCUUGGACGAAACCGUAUCCGAGAAGUGCAACUUUGUGGGCUGAAAUGCAUCCGUAAAUUUAGCUUGCAAAGCAACCGUUUAACAUCCAUGUUGGGAUUUCAGCACUGUAUUGCCUUGGAAGAACUAUAUUUGAGCCAUAAUGGUAUUCAGAAAAUGGAAGGCCUAUCGACCCUUGAAAAUCUCAGGGUUUUGGAUGUUUCAUCAAAUAAGCUUACGGCUGUGAAUGAUAUCGAGAACCUGACAAAAUUGGAGGACCUAUGGCUUAAUGACAACAAAAUAGCUUCAUUAGAAGGGAUUGGUAAAGCAGUUGCUGGUUCCACAGAGACGCUGACUACAAUUUACCUUGAGCACAACCCAUGUGCAGACUCACCAGCUUAUAUGGCUAAUCUGCGAGAAAUCUUUCCCAAUCUUGUACAGAUUGACUCCACAGUGUUCGCAUAGAAUUUGGCAUUGCUUGAACACUUCACCCCAAAGAUGAAAGUUCUUGAAUUUUUCGCACAAUUGAAUGUAUAAAAGUUUACGAUACAUCAGUGCCAUUUGGUCACCCCAUAGCUCAUGAUUUCAGGCUUGCCAGUGAAAGGUUUGGAUUGCCGGCCAAUCUAUGGUGGUGCAGUUAACUUGUUCUUGAGUCUCAGAGGAUUUACUGGUUAAUUUAACUGAUUCUGAUAAGUUUUCAUUUGGUUCCCAAAAAAUAAUGUAUAUUUUCUUAAAGUGAAUUUUUUCUUCUAA